CUGGCAUUGGCCAGGCUUCAUCCUCUUUCUUUCGUCAAGUGUUUCGCGCAACAAGCGAUUGAAACCUUUGGAUUUUCGAUUGUCACGCUCCUUCCUCGUUAUCUUUCCUUCAGCAAAGGCGACAUCUCACACGAGUCAACAGUCGCAGAUGCCAUCGCCAUAGCGACUACGUAUUGUCAAUCCUCUCCUCGAGAACAUGACCAAUUCCUCCUCUCCAACGAGGAACCAACUGCUGCCGAGCACCGAUAGCGGCCUCCUUUCUCGAUUCCUUGUCGAGGGUCGGAAUAAUGAGUUGAACCACCAGAGCGCUCUCGCCGCCGCUCAGGAAGAGCACAAGCGCGUACGAGAAGCGGCCAUCCGGGUAUACGAACUUCAUGAGCUCCGUGAAGAGCACCAGCGAAUUCUAGAGUUGGAACGCAAGGAGCAAGAAAGGUUGAGGGCAGAGGCUGCGAUAGUUGAGGAAGAGAGAAGGCUCCGAGAGCUCAAAGCCAAGACGGUGCCAAAGCUUCCUCCCGAACCAGUUCCAGAACCACCCAAGAAGAUCGAGCCGACGCCAGUUCAGCAGCCAGAGCCUACAAAGGCUCCAGAGCCCAAGAAGCAGAACCCUUUCGAGACAAAACAACAGCCGGUGACGACUCAGGCAGACAGCGCGUCAAAGCUCGAGAAUCGCGCGGCGCCAACAGCACAGGCUGCUCCCGCCGUCCAGCCGCCCGCCACUCGAAGCCCAGCACCUCCUACUGCAUCAGCCCAGAAGAACGCCCUCGCGGAUCGAUAUCUGCAGAUUCACAAGGAGUUGAAGAAGUUGCGACAGGUGCUGCAGGCCGAAGCUAAAGUACCCGGGUCACCCUUGAAGGGCAAGAUGGGAACCUAUCGAAGAGAAAUCAGGGUAUCCAUCGGACAGCUUACAGGUGGGAAAGGCGCCAACGCACAGCCCAUUGCCAAAAUCACAAUGGCGUUGAAAGAGGCGCUCGACGGCAAAGUGCCUAGUGCUCCCAUCGAAGUCAGCCGGUUCGUCGUGGGGCAAAGACAGCCGGCUGAAGGCGCUGCGCAUAACGAGGACACGCUGCCUUCUCUCUUCAUCUACCUCUUGAACAUUUGUGCCAAGGGCAUCAUCAACCAGUUCAUCAACGAGUGCAGCGCGAAUCCCAAAGCUGCGGAUCCAAUCGGCGUCUUCACCGCUCACAUAUUUUCCCAGAAGGAUUUCCAGUGGCGCGGUGAAUCACUGAUUGAUAUCCUCAUGGCCAAGUUUCGAGUCGUCUGCCCGGUCUUGUUUGGGCUGAGAGGAAGUGAUAGGACGGAAAGGGGCAGACUGGCCAUAGGAUGGAAAAAGGAUGGCCCCGGGUACGUCACUGAGCAGACUCACAACGACCGGAUGACCGGUCUCGGCGCCGGUUUCGCGUCAAUCUCCCUUCGCGACUUCAGCAAGACGUCCAAGGCGAAUCCGUACCCGCCUGUCAACUACUGGAAGGCGUUGGCCGGCAUCGUCAACUCCUCGCCCAAUGAGACUUCGAACACGCAGUAUGUCGUCCUGAGAGCCAUGAUCGAGGGCCAUGAACAGCGCUUCCUGAACUUUUAUGGGAACGCAGCGAUUGCCGCGCUGCGCCUCGCCCUGAUCGAAUUUCCCAAGAAAGCACCGGCCAAUGCAGCCGCGGCACAUUCGUUGCUGGCGAUGGUAGAGCUACUUCGCAACGAAGGACUUGUCCUUACCUGA